UGGGGUGGAGUGUUGCAAGAUCUCCGAUUCGGGGGCCAGACGCUCGGCUCACCCUCCCUUGAUGGUUCUUUCCUCUCUUGCAGACUUACUUCGUUCCAAAAUGGCAUCUGCCUUUUAUCGAGUGUUCCUCAUUGUCAGCAUCUGUGCUGCAAUCCACUGUGUGCCCCCACCCAGGGACCCCAGCAAAGGAUUCUCCUGCCUGUCCUCCCCAAGGAGUACCGCCGCCUCCGGGCUGUCUUCCAGCAACACCAACUUUGCCUUCCGCCUAUACCGGAGGCUGGUUUUGAAGACUCCGGACCAGAACGUCUUCUUCUCCCCACUGAGUGUCUCCACUUCCCUGGCCAUGCUCUCCCUCGGGGCCCGCUCAGCCACCAAGACCCAGAUCCUCCAGAGCCUGGGGUUCAACCUCACACACGUGCCAGAGCCCGCCAUCCACCAGGCUUUCCAGCACCUGCUCCAGUCGCUCAGAGCCCCCAGCAAAGACCUGGACCUGAGGAUGGGGAGUGUCCUCUUCAUCAAAAAGGAGCUGUGGCUGCAGACAGAUUUCUUGGACAACAUCAAGAGGCUGUAUGAGUCGAAAGUCUUUUCUACAGAUUUCUCAAGCACCUCCACUGCCCGGGAGCAGAUCAACAGCUAUGUGGAGAAGGAGACCGAAGGGAAGGUUGUAGACUUAAUCCAAGGCCUUGAACCUUUGACGGUCAUGGUUCUGGUGAACCACAUUUUCUUUAAAGCCAAGUGGGAGAAGCCCUUUAACCCUGGAUAUACGAGGAAGAGCUCCCCAUUCCUGGUGGGCAAGAGGACCACUGUGAAGGUCCCAAUGAUGCAUCAGGUAGAACAGUUUGCUUUUGGAGUGGAUUCAGAGCUGAACUGCUCUGUGCUGCAGAUGGACUACGGUGGAGACAUUGUGGCCUUCUUUGUUCUCCCUGGCCAGGGCAAGAUGAGGCAGCUGGAACAGGCCUUGUCAGCCAGGAUGCUGAGGAAAUGGAGCCACGUACUCCAGAAGAGGUGGAUAGAGGUGUUCAUUCCAAAAUUCUCCAUUUCUGCCUCCUAUGACCUGGAAACCAUCCUCCCGAAGAUGGGCAUCCAGGAUGCCUUUGAUAAAAAUGCUGAUUUUUCUGGAAUCACAAGGAGAGACUUCCUGCAGCUUUCCAAAGCCGCCCACAAAGCUGUGCUGGACGUCAGUGAGGAGGGCACCGAAGCCGCAGCGGCCACGGCCACCAAGCUCACAGUCCGCUCCAAGGACGGCCCCUCUCACACCGUCGUGCGCUUCAAUCGGUCCUUCCUGCUGCUGCUGGUCAGGAGAGCCACAGAGGCUGUCCUCUUCCUCGGGAAGGUUGAAAAUCCCACGAAAUUCUAGGCGGAAACCUCCUGCGACGGAGACCACGUUGAAAACACUCAGGAAAUAAACCAUGUUGUGAUGAUCCCGGUGUGA